CAAUGUACCAGUGUGUGAAGCGACUUGCACUGACUUGCACUACAGACAAGCUAGGAAUUUACUGUCGUCCUGUUUACUGCCUUAAACGCGUAACAUCGAGCGUCUUAAACACAUCACUCUGAGAUAUGGACAUGUUGACAACUACUAGUCCGCUUAAGCCAAGGGACGUGUUUAUUCGACCAUAUAAGGACAGUGAUCACACUCAAUGCCGUGAAAUCUUCACAGAAGGCAUGCAACAGCUUGCGAAUCCUAUCAUGACCUUGGUAUAUCCACGAUACGUCAAGAUAGCUAGCAUAAUUCUCGUGCUUAUCUCUGCUGCAUCUUUCCGCUGGUCGCCUUGGAUCGUGGGCCUGUACCUGAUACUUUGUGUAGUGAUGACUGCUCUUCUUUAUAUUGACAUAUACAUUGAACUUAUGAAGUUUAUUAGUGGCUGUCUUAAUUCAGACCUUCUGGAUAUCUCAGAAACGUAUAAGGACGGUUCCAAGGUGUUUGUAGCUGAGGUUCAAGGUCAGGUUGUCGGCAUGGUUGGAUUGCUGCAAGGACCACACCUAAAACCAGGGGUAGGAGAGCUCCAACGCAUGUCAGUAUCACGUACAAUGCGAAGAAAAGGAAUUGCUAAGCUUCUAUGCAAGGAACUCGUCAUCUUUGCAAAGCAACAAAACAUAAACAAAAUCGUACUCAGUACGACUGGCGUGCAGACUGCUGCAAUAAAACUUUACAAAAAAAUUGGUUUCCAAUUGUCGGACACGUUUCCUUAUCCACAAAAAAUACUCGAAGAGCUACCUUACGAAUGCUAUGAACUAGAACUUUAAAGUCAACACUCCAUUGAAUGAGUCCUAUAUCGACGGCACUGCUUCUGACAGAGAUUUAAUGCCAUCGAUCUCUGCAGAUCCUGAGGUCUAACUGUUUCAUGGCAUUAACUUACAUUCCAAGAACACUUUAUACUGAAACAGGAGAGUUAGCUUAAAGACAAACUCUUAAAAAACGUCCUCUACAUCGACGAAGGCCCAACGUCCGAAAAUUCAGCACGUCUACUCUGUUUUMUAGAGUGUUUAUUACAGAUGUUUCAACAGAAAAACCGACGCAGAUCAUAGUUGAUUAASUUCCUGACAAUCCGCAAACCACCUUUGAAUUCGUAAAUGAACAAUAAAGCUGUUAUAUUGUAAAUGGUAGUUAGCUAAAAACGAAUACAAAAUGUAUAUAAACUAGACAGAUUCUCAAGGCUGUAGAUUGCACAUCGAAGUUUCAAAGACAGAAAGAAUUGUAAAUACAAAUUGUACGUAAACAGAUGGAAAAUUAAACGAUUAUAAAGGCAA